CAAUGUAUCGCUACGUCGUACUAGUAGCAUUCCUUGCGGUCGCGGUGACUGCCGAGGCACCUUAUCCUGCAGCCGGGUGGCGUCCGGAAGGAGCUCAAUUCCGUCUUCCGUCGGAGCACGGGGCACCGUUGCUAUUCCUGCAGCCCCAACCGCAACGUGUUGAAGUGCAAAUUACACGUGAAAACGUACAAUUCGCUGGACGUCAAAUUGCUCAGGAGCAGGCAACCACUACCACGGCUGAGCCAGUAACGCAAACGAACCCAACAACAACCUCAUCCACAACUGAACAGGCAGAACAAGAUCCUCUAAACCUACAAGGUCUUCCAUCCGACCAGCGGAAGGAUUUCCAGCAGCGUGCGAAUCUUCGUGAGCAGCGGGUUAACCGUCCAUUGCCGGUCAACUUUGCGCAACGGCCACUGUUUCCGGUCAGUGGACAACUGCGUGCACUUCCCGUGGUGCGUGGAAAUGUAUUCCAGCAACAGGUAGUUCAACCUCAGCCAGCCCCAGUUCAAACGCUAGCAACACCAGCUGAAACGUACGGUCCACCGGAACAGGAAGAAGAACCACAGCAACCGGAAGAGCAACCAGUAACGACCGAACAACCGCAAGUACCGCAAGACGAAAGCGAGGAUGAUUACGAUGAAAAUACUGGCCGUACGGUGGUUGCCGUAUCAAACUCGUUCUCGGGACAGUACUACAUCCUAGCUCCGGACAACACCCUGCAGCGCGUCGUCUUCAGCACCAUGGUUACUGAUGAGGAUCGUCAGGUGAAUGGAUUUUCCGCCCAGCUAAAAUAUUCUCCGGUGGAUCCGAUUCGCGAUCCAGUGUACACGUACGACGAGCAAGGACAGUUGGUCCGAAUCUACAAGAAGUGAAAGGGUUAAAAGAGUGUU